AUGUUGUGGAGGUGUCGCGGGAUUUAUCUACAGAAGGAGAGGAUGGUGAUCUUGGAUCAGUACUUUAUAAAAACCAUUCAGUCAAACUGGAGUGCCUUUAGCGCAUACAAUGAUAAGCUGCAGUUCGAAUGGGGGAAAAACGUAGCACAGUAUGUGACAGGAAAGAGCAAGGGGCAGAAAAUGAAGUUGGGACUUGGCCGCGAUGUCGACACCGUGUACACCCCGAUGAAUUGGGGUGGAGAUCACUGGGUUGGUCUCUGCAUUAAGCUGACUGAAGGUCAUGUGACGGUAUUUGAUUCCUAUGUUCCUCAUACUGAGAACGAGGUUGCGGAAGGACAUAUGUGUUCGGUUGUACAGUCGUUGCCUUAUAUAUUAGAAAAAUAUGCGGGGCAUAAAUGCUAUAAGGUGAAGGAAGGUCUUCGAAUUUACUCUUGGAGCCGCGCAGAAGGUAUUUAUCACAACAAAAGGGGUGGCGACUGUGGGGCAUGUGCUGCCAAGUUCAUAGAGAUGCAUGCUGCCGGCUUAACGGAGGAAAUGAGUCGGAUUACCGACGAAGAUGUUGACAGAUUUCAAGAGCAGUAUGCAAUGGACUGCUAUGAAGAAUUCGUGGGCGAUGCUAAAGUAAACAAUGAGUAA